AUGGAGUAUAUCAAAGUGGCCAAGGUGGAUAACGUCAUACUCCAUAAGAAGGGAAUUCCGCAAAGAGGGACUUUACACCUCACAACACACCACCUGAUAUUCUCAUACACGGUUACGAGCACGGAUGACACAAACGAAUUUUGGUUUCCCUAUCCAAUGAUCAAUGCAGUGUUCAAGAACCGCAGCAGUGCACUCACAUCCAAAAGGGAUGAUCCAAUUCUGGCAUCCCAGCCAGCGAAAGAUACACUAAACUGGAUCAGCGAAAAUGUAGACCUUUGGUCAAUGACAAACAUCAAGGUUAUAGGGAAGGAUUACACAGUAUUUUCUUUGGAUUUUGUCAGUACACACGAAGCGUCCGAUGUAUUCGACUCGCUGCUCAGACUGACCGUGUUGGAGGACAUAAGACAGCUGUACGCAUUUAUCUACGUACCGAAUGAGAGAGAGACCCAAUUCAAUAGCUGGACGUUGUAUGACGUUUCCAAGGAAGCGGAAAGACAAGGUUUGAAACUGGGUCAAGACAGCUGUCCCUGGAGAAUCACAGACAUAAAUCAAGAAUAUAAGCUGGCAGAUACGUACCCCCAGAAGCUUAUAGUACCGACGCUGGCGUCGGAUACUUUGUUAACCCAUGCAAGCAAAUACAGAUCGAAGGCAAGGAUUCCGGUCCUAUGUUACUCAUAUAGGAGGAACAAGUGUGUCAUUCUGAGGUCCUCUCAACCCCUACCUGGUAUCACAAAACAAAGGUCCAUCCAAGACGAGAAACUGCUACAGCUCAGUUUUGAAUGCUCAGAAAGUAAAAAACCUGUACGUAACUUGGUGGUGGAUGCAAGACCCAUGGCAAAUGCACUGGCUCAGAUUGCGUUAGGGGGUGGUAUUGAAAACAUGGACAACUACAAGUUUCCUGAAGCCUCGGUAACGAAAAGACUUUUUUUAGGGAUUGAUAAUAUCCAUGUCAUGUCUGACACGAUGAGCAAUCUGAUAGAUUCGUUUCUUAUAGACACCGACGUAAGUAGCGAACUUUCGCAGGCUUUGAUUCACAAAAAGGCGUUCCAUUGGCUCAGAUCUGUUGAAUUGAUCUUGUCAAGUGUUGACAAACUGGUAAAAUCAAUCGUUUUCAAUAAUGCUAACAUUCUUGUUCAUUGUUCCGAUGGGUGGGAUCGCACGGCUCAGAUAUGCUCCCUGAUACAAUUGUGCAUUGAUCCUUAUUAUAGAACGUUUGAAGGGUUUAUGGUAUUGAUAGAAAAGGACUGGGUCUCACUUGGUCAUCGUUUUGCAGAAAGGUGUGCACAUCUAAGCUCAUCCGAAAUUUUCCAUGAUAACUCUUCCAGUUUCAGUAAAAACAUAACCUCCCAAACAAGUGAACUUUUUUUUGGGAAGGAUACUAAACAAAACAUCGAUGAUGACACCUAUAUGAAUCUUUCCACAAGUACAGACCUCCUUACUGACACUAGUCUAUUUAAGACCAACAACAAAACACUUACCUUCGCAACGAAAGAUAGAACAUUGAAGUUUGCAUCACCUAUUUUUCAGCAGUUUCUAGACUGUGUUUAUCAGUUGCACACACAGAACCCUACUCAGUUUGAAUUUAAUGAAAGAUUUCUAAGACGAUUGGUCUACCAUGUCUACUCUUGUCAGUAUGGUACGUUCCUCUUUAACUCUGAAUGCGAGAGGCAGAAAUAUCAGGCAGAACAGGCGACAAGAAGCGUGUGGGAUUACUUUAGAUCAAGAAAGGACACAUUUCAAAACAAACAGUAUCAGAAGGAGAAACCCGUUAGCGAUAAACAACAAGACCCAGAAGAUUUGAUUUUACCAGAACUUAACAAAAUCAAAUGGUGGUGGCAGCUGUAUGGAAGAAGAAAUUCGGAAAUGAAUGGGCCGGUGGCGAAGGGGGACGCAAACGCUAGUUCCAUCGGUUUAGUCAACACGACAAAGGAUAUUUUAUCGUCCUUCAAUUUUUUCAGUAAACGAUGA